CCAGUCUUCAGUAAGUCGUGUUGUCUGCUCUGCCGCCGUUUCUGAGCGUAUACGCUAACGCGACACGCAAUGUGGAGGAACAAGCUGCUCCUCCUGAUCUCAGCAACGCUGGUUUCUUUAGCGAUUGGUCAGGAAAGCGCUCAGAAAGCUGACUUUCCCUCUGAACCGACCGCUCCAACAGCCCGGCUCGGGCGGCUGGUUGUGGGGAGAGGAGUAAAGCUGCUCUCAGGCGAAGCAGAGAAAAAUAUUGGCGGAGAAGUGCGAGAUGGACUUACCGACCACUCCGAAACAUACCAGGCUGACCAACAGGGGUCAACGGUGUGGUACAAAGCAGCAGAGUCCAAGUUGCAGCGCUUGAAUCCUUCUGUGCAUUGUGGGGAUGAUGCUAUGGCUCUGCGUGUUCAAGGGUCUAGAGUGCCUAACUUCAUGGUUGACAGAGGUGAAGAUGGUCUGCUUCCUGUGUUGCAGAUGCCUGCCAACUGUGGUUUGUCAGUGAAAAGGGCUCGCAGGGAUGUUCUCCUAACUGCUAAUUAUAAAGGUUGUCAUGUUAUGCAAGAGGGUGAGGCCUACAUUUUGACACUGCGUUUGUGGGGAGCUCCUGUGAGCAUAUCCUGUCCUGUGGCUACCUCUGCACAUGAGACAGUUGCUCCUACCACUACAGCUAGCACAGAGACCCCAAUGGCCCCUAUUAUUGCCAGUGAUGCUCAAAAGCCUUUCUCUCCUUAUCAGAUCAACCCCUUUGACCGUGUUCCUCAUUGGUAUCCUUAUUACCCAUAUGGUUAUCAAUGGGCUCGUCCCACACGUACCCCUACAGUUGCUCCUACCACUACAGCUAGUAUGGAUACCUCAACAGCCCCUGUUCCUGUGAGUGAUGCUCAAAAGCCUUUCUCUCCUUAUGAUCAGAUCAACCCCUUUGAUCGUGUUCCUCAUUGGUAUCCUUAUUACCAAUAUGGUUAUCCAUUGGCUCAUCCCACACGUACCCCUACAGUUGCUCCUACCACUACAGCUAGUAUGGAUACCUCAACAGCCCCUGUUCCUGUGAGUGAUGCUCAAAAGCCUUUCUCUCCUUAUGAUCAGAUCAACCCCUUUGAUCGUGUUCCUCAUUGGUAUCCUUAUUACCAAUAUGGCUAUCCAUUGGCUCGUCCCACACGUACCCCUACAGUUGCUCCUACCACUACAGCUAGUAUGGAUACCUCAACAGCCCCUGUUCCUGCAAGUGAUGCUCAAAAGCCUUUCUCUCCUUAUGAUCAGAUCUACCCCUUUGAUCGUGUUCCUCAUUGGUAUCCUUAUUACCCAUAUGGUUAUCCAUUGGCUCGUCCCACACGUACCCCUACAGUUGCUCCUACCACUACAGCUAGUAUGGAUACCUCAACAGCCCCUGUUCCUGCGAGUGAUGCUCAAAAGCCUUUCUCUCCUUAUGAUCAGAUCUACCCCUUUGAUCGUGUUCCUCAUUGGUAUCCUUAUUACCCAUAUGGUUAUCCAUGGGCUCGUCCCACACGUACCCCUACAGUUGCUCCUACCACUACAGCUAGUAUGGAUACCUCAACAGCCCCUGUUCCUGCCAGUGAUGUUCAAAAGCCUUUCUCUCCUUAUCACCUCUACACCUUUGACAAUGUUCCUCAUUGGCAUCCUUAUUACCAAGAUGGUUAUCCAUGGCCUCAUCCCACAUCUACCCCUACAGCUAGCACAUCUACUGUGACGGCCCCUACUCUUCCUGCCAGAGACUCUCAAGAGCCUGGCUCUCAUUUUGAUCAGCUUUAUCCUUUUGGCUAUGUUCCUCAUUGGAAUCCUGGUUAUGCAAGGGUUUGCUCCACAAGUACUCCUAUAGUGGCCCCAGCUACUGUAGCUGGCAUGGAUGCAACAGCCCCUUCUGUUCCUGCCAAUGACCCUCAAGAUCCUAGCUUUCCUUUUGCUAAGAUGUAUCCUUUUGGUCACUUUCCUUACAAGCAUUGGCAUCCCCAUUUCUAAAAUGUUUCCAUGAGCUUGCCUUGCUCGUGGUUCCCUCAACUACAGCUGGUGGUUACUUCAACAGCCCCUACUUUUCCUGCCAGUGGCUAACAAGAUGCUAGCCAUUACCUGUGAUUUGUGGACACCCCCACCCAAGUACACUCUACAGCUGCUCUAGCAAAUACAGUUGGCAGUCACCAACUGCUCCUCUUGUCCUUGCUAGAGACCACCAGUCUGAUUCCUUCCACUCAACUUCAAUAUGCCCUUGUUGGAUUGUUUAGCAGCCUGUCAAAUGGCAUAAAUAUUUUGGGAAAUAAAGCUCAGGUUGACUAGGGUUUGUGGUCUUUCACGAA